CUCGCUCACUUGUUCACUCUCUCGCGUCGAUUCUCUUUUUUUCUGGCUAUUAUCGAUUCUUUUUCUUUCAUUUCUUGCACGCGUUUCUUUUUUUUUUUUUUUUGCGUUUUUCUUUGAUUUUUCAGGAGUUCAUCUGCGAAAGAUGGCCACUGGUGCGGAUGCCGCAUCGCCGUUGUCAUCUACCAAGAUUCGCCCACACACUCUUCUUCAGGAGCGCAUCGUCUCCAGAAACGCGCCCUGCCGGCCGCAGUACGACAGGUUUAUUCCCAACAGAGGAGCCAUGGAUCUUGAUGUUGCUCAGUAUUUGAUGGUGGAUUCGAAGAAAGAGAAGCCAGUAGGCAUUCUAUCACCAUCACAGGAAGCAUAUAGGAAGCGGUUAGCGGAGGUCUGCCUAAAGAACAGGACCAGGAUCCUUGCUUUCAGAAGCAAACCUCCGGAGCCUACUGAGAAUAUUCCAUGGGAAGUUUCUUCAUCACCGCAGCAUUCUAGGACCGUCAAGCCUCGCAGAUACAUUCCUCAGUCUGCGGAGAGAACUCUGGAUGCACCUGAGCUGGAGGAUGACUACUACUUGAAUUUGCUUGAUUGGAGCACCAGAAAUGUUUUGGCGAUUGCUCUUGGGCGCUCUCUCUAUCUCUGGGAUGCAUCAGAAGGUACUGCUUCCGAGCUCAUGUCAGUUGAUGAGGACAGUGGCCCAAUUACAAGCGUUAGCUGGGCUCCUGAUGGUAAGCAUAUAGCCGUUGGUUUGAAGAGUUCAGCAGUUCAGUUGUGGGACACAGUGGCAAGUAAGCAGUUGAGAACUCUACGAGGUGGUCAUCAAUCAAGAGUUGGUUCUCUUGCAUGGAAUUCUCACAUUCUUACGACUGGUGGAAUGGAUGGUUUAAUAUUUAAUAAUGAUGUGCGCAUUCGAUCUCAUAUAGUUGAAGAAUACAAAGGACAUGAACAAGAAGUUUGUGGAUUAAAGUGGUCAAGCUCAGGCCAACAAUUAGCCAGCGGAGGGAAUGACAACCUUCUGCACAUCUGGGAUCGGACAAUGGCAUCAGAGCAAAAUGCUAGACAGAAUCAAUGGCUACACAGGCUGGAUGACCAUAGGGCUGCAGUGAAAGCAUUGGCCUGGUGCCCAUUCCAGGGAAAUCUACUUGCAUCAGGGGGUGGUGGCAGCGACCGCUGCAUUAAGUUCUGGAACACUCAUACUGGAUCCUGCCUGAACUCUGUAGAUACGGGUUCACAAGUUUGUGCACUCUUAUGGAGUAAAACUGAAAGGGAACUUCUCAGUUCGCACGGGUUUGAUCAGAACCAGUUGACAUUGUGGAAAUAUCCAUCGAUGGUUAGGAUGGCAGAGCUAACCGGUCAUACUUCAAGGGUUUUGUUCAUGGCUAUGAGUCCAGAUGGGUGCACUGUGGCAUCUGCCUCUGCAGGAGAUGAAACAUUGCGAUUCUGGAAUGUUUUUGGGAAUCCCGAAACAAACAAAAAGCCAGUCAGCAAGCCACUUGGGCCAUUUGCAAGUGUCAAUAGCAUAAGGUGAAAACAGAAAAAGCGAACAUGAUUUAAGAUGGCAGACGCUGCAAGGGUAUUCAGCUUAGUUAAAUUCCCAAGGUUCAGGUAUAGAUACCUAUUCUUUUAUGACUAUUGAGUGUAGGUCUAGUACCUUGCAAUCUGACUUGGUUUUAUUCCUUGCAUAUGUGUCAACAGAAUAUAGAUAGGGGCAGACCACUUGGGCCCUCUGCAAUGUCACAAAGAUUUGGAAUUUGUCCUACAAAUUUGAUUUGCAGUUCUGGUUCGCUCUUUAACUUAUCUAUGUUAUGUUUUUGAGAUAUGCCCAUAUUGAAUUUAAGUUCUUUGGUUGAAAACACUAUUUUGAUACAUUAAACUUAUCUGGAUGAUCAGAUUUUUGAACUGGGUGAUAUUGCUCUGCAAUGUCACAAAGAUUUGGACCUUGUCCUACAAAUUUGAUUUGCAGUUCUGGUUUGCUCUUUAACUUAUAUAUAUUACCUGGCCAAUGUUUUUUGGUAUCCCAUAUUGAAUUGAAGUUCUUUGGCUGACAACACUAUUAGUUAUCCGGAUGAUCAGAUUUUUGAACUGGGUGAUAUUGGAUCUUCACUUAAGGGUUAUGCCCAAGGUCCUACGUUAUCCUUAAUGCCUAAAGGUGCCAAGGAAACAUUACAAGUCCUGAAAGUUAUGACCAAGGUUCCUACAUUAUUGUUUAGCUUAAAAAGUUAUUGUUGGAUACUUGUUAGAAUGCAAGUUAGUCGUCUGCAAAAUGGUUGUGUUUCUUUUUUUUUUUUUUCAAGGAAAGCAAUUUCAUGCUUUUAGUUUUCUGUUGUUUCUUUUGAAAAGUACCUGGUAAAGAUCUUAUUCAAUUAUCCCCCAGAAAAUUUAUUCCUAUUUAUUUACUGUCUUUAGGUUGACUUGUUGGUUCUUUCUGAUAAUCUUAUAUUUCAUGCUUGCCCUGCUGUUCCUUUUAUUGCUUGAGUGGCCUAUGUGCAAAAAUUUUUUAGUACUAGCUAUAGGUUGCUGUAGAUUGUACUUGAAAUUUUACUACUUUCAAAAAAUAAUUUUAUUUGAUACUAAUCUUCUUGGAGCAAUGGUGGCCAUGGUUUCUCACAGCAGCGGGACAGCCUCAGGUUGUUGGUUUUUAGCUGUUUUUUUUCUUGUUACCCCUAAUCCUCUUUGUGUGAUUCAGUAUGCAAGAGCCUCUCAGUAUGUGGCCUGCUUUUGGUGCCUGCUUUUCUCCAACAUCUGACAACCUCAGUAUGGAAGUCUGUUGACAACAGCCCUAGUAUGGAAGUCUGCUGUUUAGUUUCCUAUUCUUUGCACUUGAACUUACGAUUAUAUUUGUACUACAUAAUCAUAAUGAAUCUUCUCUUAUUACUCCGUGGAUGUAGCCACACAAAUUGUGUGGUGAACCACGUAAAAAUUGUGUCAGACUAUCUGUGUGCGUGUGUCUGUCCUGCGUGUGUAACGAGCAAGAGCUGCAAGAAUAUUAUGUGAACCAGCAAAUUUCAUGUGUUCAAAUUAGCUGAUGCACCUUGGAUAUUUUGAGCUCUCUAUUUCUGGCAACUUGCAUAAAAAAGUUAGAAAAUUAUUGGAAAUGCUUUAAAACACAGGUCAGGAAAUGCUUCAAGACCAUUUUGUCAGCUGAAUUAUUGGAAAGACCGACCAACUUUGAAACAAGGUUACGGUGUUGUCUAUGACUUUUGUCUCUGUUUACCCUGUUCUUAAGAUGCGCUCCUGUCGAUUACCCCAAUCGUGUCUAGUCAUCAAAUUUGAUAAAUAAAGUUUGCCCUUGGUGUGUGCCACAAUCUA